AUGAAGUGGGUGUUCUUUUUAGGUUUUGAAUGUUCUUUGCCUAUACAACAAAGAGCUAUCAGGCCAAUGAUCAAAGUACCUGAUGUCAUAGCUGAAGCUCAGUCAGGUACGGGCCUUACCCAUACCUGUUAAUUUAAUUGCUAUGCUAUAAUCCACAGACUCACAAUUAAGGGACACUCAAGUUUUAUGCUUAUCGUUGACAAGAGAAUUCACUGUACAAAUCCAAAAGGUAUAUCUAUAUACAAUAUUCAAAUAAAUCAGUCUAAUUUAGCAUUAGUAGUAAUAAUAGUAGUUAUAAUAAUAUGUUAGAAUACAAAUAUUGAUAAUACCUAUCUGUGAAUUAAUAUUAUGGAAAUAGUUAAAAAGACAAUUUUUAGAGUAUUAUUUAUGGAUUGAUAAAGUGCUAGUUAUUCAUAUUUAUUGUAGAAACUUGAUUAACCGUUAUUGUCAAGACUGGGACUAUGAUAGUUUUGUAAUAAACUUCUAUAUUUUACAACUUGAGUAUUUUCAUACAAAAAUACAUACAUACUAAGGAAAUAAUCCAUUACCUUCUGAAGAAUAAGAUAAAAUUGCAUUAUAAAUGUUUACUAUAAUCACCGCAUUAAUGUUUUUUUUUCUUUUUGUUAAUGAUGACAAAAGAGAGUAAUUGUUAAUCGCGUUUCUACAGUGUGUAGACAUGCACAAGGAGUAUGUCUCUGGAUAAUUUGCAGUGUCAUGUUUUCCGAUCAAAGAGACUUUCAAGAACCUUUUAAUACAUGAUAUACAUUUGCUAUUAAUUUAAUUCAAACUACAGUAUAUUUUAUUGUGGUUAGGUUAGGUUAAACUUAGUGUGAUUUUUUUAAUUAUUUUUUUGUGAAGGGGCCAAAUUUAUAUUUUAUUGUACAGGUGUUACAUAAAGAUUCAACAAAUGCAAUAACUUUUGUUCUAUUCAAUAUUUAAAAAAAAGAAAAAUGUUAGUAAUAAUUAUGAGUCUUGUUCUGAUUCCACUAUUUUAAAUUUUUAAAACUAAAAUUAAAAUGUAAAUAUUUUUUUUUUUAGAAAAUCUUUGAGCAUAAGAAUUUCAAAAAAUUUGAAUCAUUGAUGUUAUUUGAUAGUGGAAUUAAAAACAAUUUAAAUUAUAUUAAAUAUAAAAAAAUGAUAUCAUACACACAUUUUUGUAUGAAAAAUAAUUUUGUAAAUGAUUUUUGUAAACUUCUAAAAAUUACAGAACUUAAUGAUUCAUCAUCAUUAAAUAUUUGUAAUACUAAAAUUUUUUUUUUAAAUCUUAUACUAUCAAAUAGUUAUUUUAGAUUUUGUAAAAACAAACUUUUAAAAAUUUAAACUUUGCUUUAAGUUUUAUAAAAAUGAUAAAUAUAUACAUAUAUAUGUUUAUAAAAUAAAAAAAAAAUAAGGAAUUGGUACAAGAUUUUAGUAAUUAUCAUCAAAAAUUAAAAAUAUUGAGCAGAACAAAAGUUAUUGCAUUUGUUGAAUCUUUAUGUAACACNCAAACUUUUAAAAAUUUAAACUUUGCUUUAAGUUUUAUAAAAAUGAUAAAUAUAUACAUAUAUAUGUUUAUAAAAUAAAAAAAAAUAAGGAAUUGGUACAAGAUUUAAGUAAUUAUCAUCAAAAAUUAAAAAUAUUGAGCAGAACAAAAGUUAUUGCAUUUGUUGAAUCUAUGUGGAACACUCUGUAUUGUGGGGCUCCAUUUUUGUAAUUACAUCACCAUGGACGAAGGUGUAAAUACCCUAUUAUUCUAUUGCCUUAUUAAUCUCUGGUGAGUAUGUAUUAUAUUUUUAACAAAUUUUUGAAUAAUAAAAAUUAUGCCCAAAGUUAAAGUUAAGUUAUUAAGUCAAAAAAAUUGAUAGUACAUUUCAGAUGUAAGACAUUUUGAAAGAAAAUAUUUAUGAAUUUAGAAAAAUGAUAAAAACAAAAAAUUAAGAUAUUUCAAUUUUAAUAAUUGAGAUUUAUUUUUUUCCAAAUUGAAAAAAUUCAGCUAUUUCUGACUUGUAAAUUACAAAUUUUAACUGUAAAUUAUUGAUUAAACAUUUAUUUUUAUUAACAAGUAUUUUAGUAUUAAAUUAUACGAAGAAUUAUAUUUAUUUACUUAUUUUGAAGUUGUCGAAAAUUAGUUUCAUAUUUAACUAAAUUAUACUUUAAAAUUUAUUUAGGUGAGAGUAUAUUUAAAUAUUCAGUGUCAUGUUUGCAUUGAUGGUACAAAUUUUGACGAGGAUAUAAGGAAAUUAAACUUUAGUCAACAUAUUGUGUCAGGAACACCUGAACAUGUGUUUGGUAUGUAUAUUAAUAAUAAUUACAGUAUUAAUACAUUUUUUUUUUAAAUUAAAAAUGUUAUGUUCUAGAUAUGAUUUGA